UAGACGACGCUAUAAUCAAUAUGGCGGCGCCCAUGUAAAAAAAAAAAUCCGUUCUUCAUCUACGCAUUUGUGCUUUUUCAGUUGUCUGUGACCUUGAUUGUGCUGGGACUGUGUACGUGUUUUCCAAGCCUUACAUCAGUAUCAUUUUUAGAAUGGAAACACAAUUGCUGGAAAGGGAGAUUGAACUGAACAUGAAACAUGAAGACAUAGUGUCCAGAAGGGAAUUUCUAUUGCAAAAAUCUACAGAAAAUUUAAACAAUCAAGAAGUAUUCCAGUCUUCAGCUGCAAGCUUCAGGAACAGAGCACUCAAAAGGAACAAAAAACUAAUUCAGGAUAUAGACACAUGUAAAGAGAGUAUCAAGAAAAGCUUGGGGAGACCACAGCCUACUGAACUUGUUACAUUAAAGGAGAAAUACUGGGCCAUGAUUGAAGAAGAAUUACCAGCCUGGAAGUCAGAUGUUAAAUCAGCUAGAAAGAGUAAUCCAUCCAGUGCCAGAUGAUACAAAUACAAACCAUUCUAUCCAUCUUUGUUUAACAGUGCAAUAUUUUUAACCCCACUGCCAAUGGGAACUGGGUAAUUCCUCUGCUAAGCCCGGGGCGUUUAGGGAACUCAGUUGUUAGAUGUCUAAGCCUGCCCUAAA